AUGAGAGAUUCUUGUAUGCUCCCCUUCACCAAGGAGCAGAUCGCCACGACGGGUGAAUACUGUGAAAAACGCAGUUCUCCGUUGCCAGCAUCAAUCCUGGAACAGAUCAAGUUCACGGACCAACUGCACAAAGACGAGGUUGUUAUGGCGCCUUCGGAGUCACAGUGUGCCUGGUUGAUGCGCUUUACUCAAGCCCUUCGGCCCAAACGAAUUCUUGAACUGGGCACCUUUACCGGUGUAAGUGCGCUUGUGUUCUACGAGGCGACGAAGGAGGCGCAGGCAGAGAUAGUGAGCAUGGAUAUGUCGGAGACAUACCUUCAAUACGCCCAGGAUGCGUUCCGUCGAUAUGGGGCCGAGCACCAAAUCAAGACUGUUAAGGGUCCUUGUCUGGAAAUGCUGCCAACGCUGACCGGACAAUUCGACCUCAUCUACAUCGAUGCGGCGGAGGAAGAGUACGAAUCAUACACCCGCUAUAUUUUGGACCAUAAACUCCUCUCGCCCCACGGAGUCAUCUUAGUCGAUGACGUACUCCUCGAGGGUUUGGUCGUCGACCCAUCGAUCGCCAAAAACUUCCCAGAAGAGAUUCGAGAGCCAUACCUCGCCAUUGCAGACAAGAUGGAUGCAUUCAAUCGCUAUGCGGCCAAGGAACCGCGGGUCACCACCACCAUGAUCCCUCUCUUCAACGGAAUCACCCAAAUCAUGUGGAAGUAG